AUGACAGCAGACUACUCCUUCUCCAACCUCUACAAUUCCCGCUACUCCCUCCCCCCGCGGUCCAAUGGCCUGAAGUCCACCUGUAUCAAAAUCUCCCCCGAUGGCCAGUACUUCGCCGUCAGUACCAGCGACUCCACCAUCGCGAUCCAUACUUUGGCCUCUGGCAAGCUCAAGAUCAAAUUUCACGGCCAUACUAAAGGAGUCUCAGACAUUUGCUGGUCUCCAGACUCGCACUAUUUGGCCCUGGCCUCGGACGACCGCACCAUUAAGCUCUGGGGACUUGCCGAAGCACAAUGUAUCCGGACAUUUGUCGGUCACCUGUACAGCGUGAGUUGUGUCCAGUUUAACUACAAGGGUAAUUUACUUAUAUCAGGCUCGGCCGAUGAGGCCAUUAGAAUAUGGGACGUCCAGCGAGGCAAGUGUCUUAAAACGUUGUCGACCCAUUCGGACCCCAUUUCCCUGGUAGACGUUUCUUGGGACGGGACGAUCUUGGCCAGUGGCAGCUACGAUGGGUUGAUCAGAUUGUUUGAUGUGUUAUCGGGACAAUGUUUAAAGACAUUGAUGUACGAAAUGACCGAUUCUAGUUUCCCAAUAUCUUAUAUCAAAUUCUCGCCCAAUGGGAAAUACCUCCUCUCUAGCUCAUUGGACGGGGUCAUACGCUUAUGGAACUAUAACAACAACAAGGUGGUAAAAACCUAUAGAAACCACCGAUACAAGCCAAGCCCACUGGCCACUGGUGGGGGCCAAGUGUAUGGCGAUGAAGAAUUGAGCGUUGCUGAGAAGUAUACCUGCUCGACCGAGUUCAUCACAGUAAACAAUAAACCCUCGAUGAUCGCCUCGGGAACAGAACACGGGAAUAUCCUAAUGUGGGAUCUUGACACCAAGAAGAUCGCGACAAUAUUGCUGACUGGCGAGGACUCCCCGGUGUUACAAAUCGACACUGCUCAGCUGGGGAAAGUGUUGGCCAGUGUCACUCUUAGUGGACUCGUGCAGGUUUGGGAUUUGCAAGAAUAA